GUUACGGUUUCUGAUUGCGACGUGGUUAAAUUCUAAUGUUAUUACGCGGAGGGCAAUCUGGUCAUUCCAGCCCUCACUUCCUAACAGACACACACAGCUCCCUCCCACUGUUAGCAGACAAGGAAGAAAGAAAGAAAAAAAAAACAGAAACAAACUCAAACUCCCACCCCAUCAUUUCUUUCACUUCUUUCCGUGUUCUUCUUUUUUGUCUUAAAACCGAACCAUACAACACCCACUAUCGGAUGCGUUAGACAACAAUGGAGGACUCCGAGGUUAACUCUUCUGUUCCGUUCCUUUUCAACUGCUUCUCCCGCCGCCAACCGCGAAAUUGACGGCGUUGAAGAAGGCCUACGCCGAUAUCAUCCUGAACACGGCGAAGGAGGCGGCGGCGCGUAUCAUGGUGUCGGAGCGGAAAGCCACGCGCUUUCAGCAGGAACUUGUUUCCACUAAGGAAGAGGCGCUUCGGAUGCUUCUCAGACUCAAACAAAAGUUCGAUUCUAAGGUCAGUGAAGCAGAGCUGACGUCAUUGAAUCAGCAGAAGAAGAUUGAGGAGCUUGAAGCUCAGCUCCAGGAAGCUGAGGAAAUAGUUAGAGAUCUAAGGGCAGAGUUGAGAGAAACCCAGGCUGAGCUGGAGAAUGUCACAAAACACCAAAUGCAUCCCCCAGUUGAACAAAACACAGGGGCUGAAAUUGAAGCUCAGGAAAUUUUUCUGCAAGAGAACAGACUUGAUCCUUAUGAUGGAUCUGUAUAUACUGCACCUGGUUUACAGUUUGAAUCUGUCUCUAUUUCUGACAAUAGGAAUCCAGUUGUAAAUGGAUCAAAUGAUAGCAGUAAGUUCUGUGGGUCACAUGAUCAUACAAACAACUGCUACAUUCAUAAUCCAGAUUUUGCAUCCAUAGUCAUUAGGAGGAAAGAGCCCAAGCUCUACAGAAAUGGAUGCACUCAGAGAAUACAUGCAUUUGAAAGGAGCCUUUUUGAUGGAAAUAUGUCUGUUUCAGGAAACUUAGAUAAUGUACAGAAUGAAAUGGUAGUCAGUGUACAUGAAGAAGGUAAAGCAAUGACUGUAUCAACUAAUGCCAAAGCUGAUACUAUUUCUGAAAAGGAGAAACCAGAUGAACUUAAAGUGGUGAAAGCAGAUGCUGACCUUGUCAAAGUUCCAGUUCAAAGAAAAAAGAUAAAAUUUGGGAAAAGGAACGCUAUUAAAUCUAGAUUACAUUCUAACCAGGUUAAGGAAACAAAUAAAGAAUCACAUCUGUCUGGUGCCAAAGAUUCUUCACUUGUAUUGGAUAAUGAUGACCCCUCAAGGGUAAGUUCUUCUAUGACAUGUGAAAAUGAAGCUCAGAAGGAUCUAAUGUCUCCUUUUGCUGAUGUACCGACGGACACAACUGCAACGAAUGAGCAAUCAGGACCUCAUAGCAAUACUGAAAAUGGGGAAGUCUUUCUUAAAGCUUGCAGUAUUUGGAACAUAACUAAAGAUGACAACGAACCGUUGGAUAAAUCAGAUUUAACAAGACAAGAGAGUUUGUCUGCUGAAAGUGUGGAGGUUCCGGCUUGUAAAGAUGUUGAGGCAUCUAAUGGGUCACUGGAUAAAAUGGAUCCAAAAGUAUCCAAUUUAGAUGAGAAGGUUUCUAAUCGAUCUACAGGUGAUAAGUUUAAGUACACAUUCUGUAGAAAGCGUAAGAAGGAGGCUGUUAGCUGUGAUGAUGUAGAUUGCUCUCAAGAUAAUACCAGUUCAAAGAAAAAGUGUGGGGAGAAGCAAGAUGGUCAUGUGGAGCCUCAGAAAUCUUGCACAAUGACUGAAUCAUCUAGGGACAGCCGGCGGCUAGCACAAGUUGCUCGUCAGCUCAUAUCUUUGUCUGAGAAGAAAUGGUGGCAGUAGAUCCAUCUAUUACUGUGAUGAGUUGGUAAGAGACUCAAAGCACAGCCCAAUGCGCUAUUGUUUCCGGAGGUGGAGUUUUUCAAGGAUGCUUUACGUUGAUAGAACUGUGGAAGGAAUGUGUUAAUAGUAAAUUAUCACUAUAACUAUAAUAUAUAUCAACUUUUCUUUCAUCCUUAGCUUAUAAAUUUCCAGCAUUAUAUUAUAUAUACUAUUGCUACCCUUUUUCUGGGGGUCUUGUUUGCAAUACAAAUUUUGCUGAUGAUAGUAUUUUAUAUUAUUGCUUGCUUUCUAA